AAGUCUUACGAAAAUGGUUGGUCACACUGUUUUGUAGAAUAAUAAGCAAGAUAGAUACGACUAAAUCUAUUUUUAAUUGUUCGAAAUGGCAAAGCUCUCUCUGCACACUGAAAUCGAAUGCGAACCGAUUUCCGAAAAUAAUCAUAAGUUUGCACUCAGUCGCGUCCAAUUGGAUAGAUGGCGCUCCCAGUUCUAUGCCACGCCCCUCAAUCGUCUGGCUCAGAAUAUUUGCACAACAAGCGAUCCCAUCCGAGCAUGCUUGCGUCAGGAUCUAACGUCUCUGGCCAUGCCGGGCAAAAUUCAGCACAAGCUGGAGAAAGUGAUCAAACCCACUGCGGAUGGUCCCAAUUGGCUAUGUGCAGGGCUCGAUCUGCUGCGCCUGGCCAUGAAGAAGGACUGUGAACUCUCUGUUCCAUAUCUGUUCUACUGGCACAAGCUGGAGCGUUGCAAUUAUGUGCUGAACUCUGUGGUAGAGCUGUUGGAGCGUUGUGAACCGCUGGAUGGACGCACCUUUCAAUAUUUGAUGAAGCAUCUGGUGCCCGAUGGCGGCAAUUGGCAAAUGUUUGUCAAUCUGGUACAGAAGUAUGGCAUUAUGCCGCAUAAGUGUUAUUUCGUCAGCUGGUCAGCAUCUCGCUCGCUGCAUCUGAACAAGAUGCUAAGAAGUAAAUUGCACGAAUUCAGCAGCCGUUUGCAUGCCCAAUUUACCUUCGAUGGAGAUGGCAGCAACUUGCCCUCAAUGGUCAAGACAAUGGCCGAGGAGCUAUACAAGAUAAUCAGCAUUUGCUUGGGUACGCCGCCCCUAGAAUUCUCUUGGACUUUCAAGAAUGAAAAAAAGGGGAAGACUUACACUCCCAUGAGCUUUUAUCAAAGUUUCGUGGUGCCGUUCCUUACCCUGAAUGCUCAAAUCUGUUUGGGCCACGAUCCGCGUCUCAGUUCCGGCUAUCAAAGGAACUAUCGCAUUGCCUACGCCUGCAAUAUGGUAGAUGGACUGCAGCAAAGCUACAACAAUCAACCGGUGGAAAAGCUGCUGCAGAUUAUGGUGGCAUCUCUGGCAGCAGGUUCAGCUGUGUGGCUCGUCUGCGAUCUCCAGGCCAUCUUCAAUACCAAGUCCGAAGUGCUUAGCCUGGUAACGCACAACUUUGAACAGGUCUUUAGCAUGUCAGUGGGAACGGAGCUCAAUAAAGCCCAGCGUCUGGAGUACAAAGAAACUCGUCGUAACACGGUAUUGCUGCUAACAGAAGUUAUCGUAGAUGAGAUGCAAAAGCCGCUGCAGUUUCGGACAAUCACCACAGCAGCCGAAACCGCCACCAAGAAAUCGGAAUCUAAUACAACUUUGCAAGGCGACGAUGACGAAGAUGAUACUGAAACUGAGAUUGAGACUGCUGCCAAACGAAAGUCGUCUAAGGCCAAGGCGACAGUAAUUAACGUCGAUUGGCUUAGAGAAUAUGCCUUUGAGAUAGUUAUUGAUACGCUCUUUGUGCCCCUUGAUUUGUUGCAUGCGGCACAAACGCAACCGUACGUGGAAUUGCCCAUUUGGGAUCCCAUGGGCGCGCUUCUGUCUUGAUGAGUGUAUGUAAUACCAAUUUUCUUGAAGUAAAACUACAAACAAUAUACAAAUUCUA